AUGGAUUCGGAUCUGCCAGCCGACCACGAGUUUCAGUACGAUUACUUGUUCAAGAUCUUAUUGAUCGGGGAUUCGGGAGUCGGAAAAUCCUGUCUUCUUCUUCGAUUCGUCGACGACUCACACAGAGAGAGCUACCAGACUACGAUCGGAGUCGAUUUCAAAAUAAAAACGAUGAGAGUGGAUGGGAAGGUAGUAAAACUACAGAUAUGGGACACAGCUGGACAAGAAAGAUUCAGGACGAUAACAUCGUCUUACUACAGAGGAGCUCAUGGGGUCAUGAUUGUUUAUGACAUCACCAAAAGGGAAUCUUAUAAUAACCUACACAAGUGGCUAAUGGAAGUAGAGACCUAUGCCUCAGAGGGGGUUCACAUGAUCCUUGUAGGAAACAAAAUAGACUUAGAUACAGACCGGGAAGUCCAACCAGAUGCCGCCCAGGAAUGGGCUGCUCUUCACGACAUGCCUUUUGUGGAGACAAGUGCUAAAGGUGCUAAGAAUGUCAAGGAAGCAUUUCUGGUGCUAUCACGGUUAUUAACCAAGCACAUAGCCAGUAAUGAAGCAAGACGAAAAGGACUUGUUAUAGGAGCUAAUGGGGAGAUCUUAGAAGUGGAGGAGUGUACAGAAAAUAAUAAAUGUUCUUGCAAUUAG